ACGUGUCGAGAAAGUGUCAAAUAGAGGGAUGUAAAACUGAUCGAAAACUCCCUGGAUAAACUUAGCUGCCAAGCUGUUUAGCAGAGGCACGCAGCGCCAGUUUGGAUAAUUUCCUAACAGGAAUCACCCGCAGGCAGAGAUUUGAUAGACUCGCCGCUCCUCUUCAGGUCAGCUGAGGAAAAUCGGUCUAACUCACUUCUGAAUCCGCGACAUUGACCGUCGAGCUAACUUAGUUAGCGACAGUUGAGCUAUCCAGAGUCGUUCAAACUAAUCUAAAAAUAGCCCGGUUACCGGCUUAGCUAACAUUAACAUGUAACUGAUGUGAAGCGGACAGUGUUAGCUAGCCACUUAGGUUAGUUUUAUCGUUCGUCUCUCAUUUACUUUGCGUUCAGCGCGGUGUCCAGUCCGGUAGCCGGACGCAGGAGUGAUACCGAAGGGAGAGGAACAUGUCUCGGAGGCGGCUGGACAGUCGCAGCGGACUCUCCGCGGGGCUGCUCGUCGAAAUUCAGACCCCAAUCAGCGCGGAGUCGGUGGAAACUGUGUAUGAAAUCACCGGAGAGUUGGGAAGGGGCAAGUUUGCAGUGGUCAAGCGCUGUGUGGAUAAGGUCUCGGGGAAAGUGUUUGCCGCUAAGUUCCUACGGAAAAGGAGAAGAGGUCGUGACUGCCGGGCCGAAGUCAUUCAUGAGAUGGCCGUCCUGGAGAUGGCCCGUAACAAUGCCCGAGUGGUCAACCUGCACGCUGCUUACGAGACGGAUCACGACAUCGUCUUAGUGCUGGAAUAUGCGGCAGGUGGAGAGAUAUUUGACCACUGUGUGUCUGAGGAGCUGCUGCCAGAGGCACAGAUCACCCGUCUGAUCAGACAAACACUGGAGGGAGUCCAUUACCUCCACCAGAGCAACCUGGUGCACUUAGACCUUAAGCCCCAGAAUAUUCUCCUGACCACCCUGUCUCCUCCAGGAGACAUAAAGAUUGUAGACUUUGGCCUGGCACGCAGACUGGGUGCGGCUGGAGAGCUCCGAGAGAUUCUUGGCACACCUGAAUAUGUGGCUCCAGAGAUCCUGAAUUAUGAACCAAUCACGACGGCGACCGACCUGUGGAGUGUGGGUGUUAUAGCCUACAUGCUGGUGACGGGUGAGUCUCCGUUUGCCGGGGACGACAAGCAGGAGACGUAUCUGAACGUGUCCCAGGUCAACGUGGACUACAGCAAGGAGGCCUUCUCCAGGGUUUCUGAGCUGGCUGUGGACUUCAUCCGUAAGCUGCUGGUCAAAGCCCCAGAGGACCGGCCCAGCGCUGCAGAGUGCAUGAGCCACCCGUGGCUGUGGCAGCAGCAGCUCUGUCUGAGCCCCGACCCCGCUACCCCCCGCACCGCCCGCGAAAGGAGCUGUGGCACCAAGUGGGCCGCCCCACCCGAAGACCCUGAAGACAAGGAGAACUUCCUGGAGUCUCCACACUCGCAUGCAAAGAGGUUACGCUUCGAUGAGGAAACAUCCGCCCCCGGAGACGGUGACUUUUGAAAAAGUAAAAUGAAAAAGGGGAGGAAUUGAUGGCAGGGUUGCCCACUUCCUUUUGAGCUUUUAAAUUCUUUUAAGCCUCCACAAAACCAGCUGUCUGCCGCCUCCACUCGAGAGUACUUAUGUUGUGUUUAUAUUCCAAUAAUUAGCAAAAUCCCAAGAUCGACCACUCAAACCAAAGAUAACCAGCUAAAUAUUGAGAUCUAUCACUGAUCCAUUGCUGUUAAAAAGUGUGAAAAUGUCAUGUCUCCAUUAAUGUGUGCAGUGUGUUUAACCUGAAGUAUUUAAUUCCUUUCAUUGUUCAAAUCUUUGGUGUUUUCAGGGGGUGGCAUAAAUUUGCUCUGUGUAUGGUGUUGAUUUGUCCCUGAACUGAUGAAGGCUAGUGUGGAGUAUUUCUAGAAAAAUCUAUGCAAUACUUCUCUUGUAUAUUUUAAAUCUUUUCUCAAGCAGUCUGCCUUACGGUGGGAAGUGAAGUGUUCUUGUCACCAGCUCCAGUUACUAUUUGUUGCACUUGUGCUUCAGCAGAAAAGUGUGAUAUUGAGAUAAGCCUCUCUGUAGUGAGGAAGUGGGAUAAUGUCCUUCUUUGCAUGUCGAAGAGAACUGGGGACAGCUGGACCAACAUUGUGGGGAAACCAGGUUUUAAAUAAUGUAACCUGGCGUAUGUGCUCUGUGUCUGGGUAAAAUAUGCUGUCCAUCUCUUAGCUCCAUGUCUUACGACCUGCAACAUUGCUGUAUUUCAUGUCUGAACUGCACUUUCACUUAGAACACAACCAGCAGAAUGACAGGAUUACACCCAAGCAUAUUACAUUCCUUAUAUGUUUGUCUCGUCCCACUUGUCAAACAUUCAUUUUCUCCAUGUCUGCUAUAGAUUGAGGGUUUAAAUUUAGCUCAGGGCUCUGGAUAAUACUCUUUUUAAUAACUUGAACCAUAGCGUAAUCCCCUUCCACGCACCUGAAAGGCCUCCGCAUUUAGACUAUAGCCUGUAUUCGGGUUAUUAUAACAUUUUUCUAGAGGAAACUGCAUUGACAAGAAGGUUGAAAGUGAGCAACAAAUCAUGUUACUCAUUGAUUUCUUGUUUAUCCUUCCAUAGUGAGAUAGAAACCUAAAGCUGUAAUGGCUGACAAAAACGAAUGACUCAUACAGUCGUUCAUACGCCACACCCGCACUUACUCAAAUGAUUUCCUCUCCGAGCUCCAAGUUCCUCUUUGUCAGCCACGCACGAGAGAAAGACGACGUUAGCACUUACUUCAAAAGCACACGUUUUGAACUGAUAAGAAAAACAGGAGCUAUUUAUGAAAGUUUGUAUGUUUUUGAGUCCUCGAGAGGUUCGUUGUGGGUUUCAGUCCCUCACCAAAGCCAUUGAGUCUGCGUUCGUAGUCUCGGCAUUAAAAGCUACUCUGGUCCUCCUGGAUCAGGGUGACUGCAGCGAUCUAUUCCUGUUGUUUUCAUCUCAGGGCAUUCUGCUCCCUCACUUUGUUUUCUACUCUUAAUGUUAUUCUUAUAGGCCUAUUAUUAUUUAUGUGCUGGACGUAUACUUUAUAUUUUUAUGUAAAUAAUGUGCUCGCGUGUGCUGUAAGGAAGAUAAUGGUGGGAGACAGGUGAUUUCGAGUGAUUUAGAGGUAAUUUAAAAGAGAAGGUGCAGUUGUGGAUACAGAGUAAUGAAUAAUAAAUGUUUGACUGCAGUCAAUUGGGAAGAUGAAAGCAGGGAUUAGUUUUUAGGUGGUACUGGGAAGUAAACCAAAAUGUGAAAAUGGACAGAUGAGUCAGAUGG